AUGAAUGGAAUUAUUAUUGAUGGUAGUGCUUCGAGUUUACAAGAAGUUCGAAAGUUGUCUAAUUCAUUACUAGUUUCCGACAAAGAAACUGUACUAGAGUUAAAGAAAAAAUGCAAUGAAAAAUUUCAUUCAAGAUAUCCUUCUUCAUCUACCACUGAAGGAAUGGUAAGAAGAAUGUUUCAGUUGUUAGAUCCAUUUACUGAUAUUAAUGAAAAAAUGUGCAAGAAAAAUGAAUUAAAAGAAUGUUUAGCUAUUUAUCCUAAGGAAUCGAGAGAAUAUAUUAUCGAUAGUCUAACUCCAGCAUUUUUUAUCUACAAAGAUUAUGAAAAUAGAAGUCAAACUUUAAGAGUACCAGAAAUACAGUAUUUUUUGAAAAAGAAAUAUGAAAAAAAAGCUUUAUAUACAAAAUUGGUGAUGUAUGAUUGUGGUAUGACAGGAUACAUACUAAAAGAUGAUAUGAAAAAAUACUGUCGUGAUGUGUUAUCAACAUACGAUGGUGAUUAUUUUACUUUUCAAGAUGAAAGUUUUCUUGACGAAUGUGUAGAUCACGCCAUAAUGAAAAUAGAAUUUUUUGAUAUUGACAAGAGUAAUAAUAAAUAUGAAAUAAGAAAAUUAUUGCUUAGUCCAAGAAUAGAUGAAUUUGAAAAUGUUUUACAAAUUCCUGUUGGUGUUAGCUCAAAUUGGUAUGCUCCAGCAAAAGUUGUUGGUUUUAAAAACACAUUCUCAAGUUUGGAUUUUGAAGAUAAAGGAUAUCUAACUUUGGAGGAAUUUAAACGUUUGGAUGUUAAUUAUUCUGAAUUGUUCUACGAAAGGGUUUACCAAAUUUUUACAGAGGGUAGUGGUACUUUUUCUUUGUCAAAUUUCAAAAAAUUAUUCUUAAUACUCGAGAAUCGUCAUGAAUAUCGCGCACAAAAAGUAUUUUUUAAACUUUUGGAUGUUAAUGAGGAUGGCUUUAUUUGUAUGGAUGAUAUUUCAAAGUGGUUUACAUCAUUAAAAAAACUAUUUACUAUGAACACAGAAGAAGAUUUUCCUGACGAACUUGACUUUGUUAAUCAAAUAUUUGAUUUUCUUCUCAUUCCACCAUUUGAAUGUCAAAAGAUUUCUUUCGAUGACAUUUACAAAUCUCGUAAAGGAGAACAGUUUUAUGGAAUGUUAAUAAAUUGUUUACUAUACUUAACAUUUGAAAAUCCAGAAGAACCAUCAGAGGAAGCUCCAAGUAAUGCAUAA